AUGGGGAACAUGGACGGGAAAACCGUGGAGGAGCUGAGCACCACCGAGUGCCACCAGUGGUACAAGAAGUUCAUGACAGAGUGUCCUUCUGGCCAGCUCACCCUCUACGAGUUCAAACAGUUUUUUGGCUUGAAAAACCUGAGUCCGGCAGCGAACAAAUACGUUGAGCAAAUGUUUGAGACGUUUGACUUUAAUAAGGAUGGCUACAUCGAUUUCAUGGAGUAUGUGGCAGCCCUGAGCCUGGUGCUGAAGGGCAAGGUGGACCAGAAGCUCAGGUGGUAUUUCAAGCUCUACGACGUGGAUGGCAACGGCUGCAUCGACCGGGCGGAGCUGCUGAACAUCAUCAAGGCCAUUCGCUCCAUCAACCGCUGCAACGAGAAGAUGACGGCAGAGGAGUUCACAGACAUGGUGUUCAACAAAAUCGACAUCAAUGGAGAUGGCGAGCUGUCCCUGGAGGAGUUCAUGGAGGGCGUGCAGAAGGACGAGAUGCUGCUGGACAUCCUGACGCGCAGCCUGGACCUGACCCACAUCGUGAGGCUGAUCCAGAACGAUGGCAAGAACCCGCACGAGGCCGGGCAGGACGCCCAGGCUGCCCAGUAG